CCACGCCACCAAUUGCUCCCUUAUCCCCCAAAUAUCCCCUCUCCGAGCCUCUUAAGUGCCCUCUAUCCCCAGCUAAAGGCUCCGUGCCACCGCAUACCCCGUCCUCCCACCAGGUGUCCCCACGUCCCAACAUCCCCGCCUUGCUCCCAUGCUGCCCCGCUCUCUUCCCCGCCCCGCUCCGCCGAUGGCUCCUCUGGCUGAUCUGUACCACCUGACGAUGGCGUACGCGUUGUGGCGGACGGGGAGGCACCGGGACCCCGCGGCCGCCGAGCUCUUCUUCCGUCGGGAACCUUUCGGUGGCGCCUUCGCUGUGGGAGCGGGGCUGGGCCAGGCUCUGCGCAGCCUCGGGGCCCUUCGCUUCUCGGCUGCGGACAUCGCCUACUUGCGCUCGGUGCUGCCCAGCACGACGGAGGAUGCUUUCUUUGAUUACCUCAGCACCGUGGAUGCCUCUGAGGUGACCGUCACAUCUGUGCCUGAAGGCUCCGUCGUCUUCUCCAGGGUCCCACUCCUACAGGUGAAGGGACCGCUGCUGGUGGUGCAACUGCUGGAGACCACCUUGCUGUGCUUGGUCAGCUACGCCAGCCUGGUGGCCACCAACGCCGCUCGAUUCCGCCUUCUUGCUGGCCCAGAGAUGAAGCUGUUGGAAUUGGGUCUACGUCGUGCCCAGGGUCCAGAUGGUGGACUUUCUGCCUCCAAGUAUUCCUAUAUUGGAGGCUUUGACUACACCAGCAACGUCCUGGCAGGGAAGCUCUAUGGCAUCCCAGUGCGUGGCACCGUCGCCCAUUCCUUCAUCAUGUCCUUCAGGUCGCUGGAGGAGGUGCAGCCCAGAGUCCUGUCACCGCUGGCAGGUGGGAAGCCCAUGGAUCUUCCAUCCCUAGCUGAGUCAUGGCUGCAGCGGGUGUGUGAGCUGCUGGGGACCCCCAGUGACAAACCCAACCGUGGCGAGCUGGCUGCCUUCGUGUCCUACGCCAUCGCCUUUCCACAGGACUUCCAGGGGCUGCUGGACACUUACUGCGUCAUGAGGAGUGGUCUGCCCAAUUUCUGCGCUGUAGCACUGGCCCUACACCAGUUAGGGUACCGUGCCAUCGGGGUGCGCCUGGAUAGCGGGGACCUCAUCCAGCAGUCCAAGGACACCCGGAGGGUGCUCCGAGCCUGCGGUGCUCACUUCCAGGUGCCCUGGUUUGGGAGCAUCCCCAUAGCCGUGAGCAACGACAUCAGCGAACAGAGCCUGGAGGAUUUCAUCCGAGAGGGGAGUGAGAUUGACAUGGUUGGCGUGGGGACAAACCUGGUGACAUGUCCCCUACAACCGUCGCUGGGCUGUGUUUACAAGCUGGUGGAGGUUAAUGGCUCCCCAUGCCUGAAGUUCACAGAGGAGGAAGAGAAGAUGACUAUCCCAGGGAUUAAGGCAAUAUAUCGGCUCUAUGAUGCUGCUGGUCAUCCCUUCAUGGACCUCAUGGCCCUGGAGAAUGAGCCUUCACCUAGUGUGGGGCAAGAGUUGGUGGUCCACAUCCUGGGGAGGAGAGGAGAGGCCACCAAGGUCAGGCCGAGUGCUGUGGAGCUCCUCCAUCGCAUGUACUUGAGAGAUGGACAGGUGUAUGAGGAGCUGCCCAGCUUGCAGGAGGUACGGAGCCAUGCACAAGCAUCCCUCAACCUGCUCAGCCCUGUGCACCGCCAGCUCCGUGACCCCCAGCCCUACCUGGUGGCAAUGACAGAGAAGCUGCAUCUCCUCCUUGCAGAGCUGCAGCACGCUAGCCAGUGAGGGGUACCCCAAAUCACCCCCCAGCACUGAGACCAGCACUUCUGCUCUUUGGAAGACCAGGUGAUUAAUUGGGAUGGUUCUAAUGGUUCUGCUGCUCUGCGGUGCUGCUCUGAGGACUGUGCAGGAACUGCAAGAGCUGCCUCACUGCAAAGCUGUGGACAAAAGAAUGGGGCAGACAGAGCUGGGAGGUGACGAGGGAGCCAUGUCCAGCCAUGUCUACUGCGUUGUUGUGGGAGCAACGCGUUUUCUUCCUUGCUGACCUCGGUGGCCCUGCCAGCCCUGUGCCUUCGGUGAUGACAGGACUGAUGUCAUCCAUCACCAGCACUCAGCAGCAGCCCAUGUCCCCAUAUUGUGGCAUCCUACACCUAAUUCUAGCACCAAAGCCUUUGGAAUGUCAUUGGGAGUACCCAUGGGCCAGCAGCAACAAGUGGAAGUUUUAAAUCAAAUGCCAUCCGGAAACAUUGCAUGGAAUAGAUAAAAAUGUCAAAGAAUAAAUCAUGUGCCUUUCUGA